AUGUCUGUUCGUCGAAGAUUACCAGAAAUUAUCAGUCCAGUCGUUAGGAUCUUAAAAGGGGACUCAAACUUAAAGCCUCAAACGAUUCACUGGGGUGAAUUGCUUCCUUGGCAACAAGACAACCAUUACAUACAGACCGGUUAUCGACCUUCCUCGUUAUCGUUUCGAAAAUCUUUUGCAAGUCUUCUCUACCUUCAUAAUGAGUCUGUAAACAUAUAUUCCCACUAUAUAGGCACUCUAUUGUUCGCAACCCUUGCUUCUGGGCUAUAUACUCUCAUGAGACCGAGAUAUAAAACAGCCAUGCCUACUGAUGUAUUAGUAUUCAGUUGCUUUUUUAUAGGAGCGGGAAUAUGCUUGGGAAUUUCAGGAACAUACCAUACAAUCUCUAACCAUUCUCCCCUAGUUGCAAGAUGGGGUAACAAGCUAGAUUAUGUGGGAAUUGUAUUUCUUAUCGUCGGAAGCUUUAUACCGUCCAUAUUUUAUGGAUUCUAUUGCCAUCCCCAGUUCCAAAAAUUUUACUGGACAAUGAUAUCAAUGCUUGGACUGGCAUGCACAGCCGUAUCUGUUUUUGAUCGUUUCAGGACACCAGCCUGGCGACCUUACAGAGCUGGGAUUUUUGUCUCAUUAGGAUUGUCUGCCCUAUUCCCAGUGGGCCAUGGGGUACGGCUGUAUGGGCUUUUAGAAAUGCGAAAUCGAAUAGGACUUUUUUGGCUAGUCUUGCAGGGUCUUCUUUAUAUCUUGGGCGCUGCACUAUAUGCCGCUCGGUGGCCAGAAUGCUCAUGGUCCAAACGUUUUGACAUUUGGGGUAGCUCCCAUCAACUAUUCCAUAUCCUUGUAGUCAUGGCCGCCAUCUGUCACCUUUACGGACUACUCAUAGCAUUCGACUUUCAUCAUACUGUUCUUGGAGCAGAAUGUUUCCUUGUGCAGGAAACUAGACAGUAA